AUGUACUUGGACGACCUGCGGCGCCUGCAGGGCGACAUGUCGGGGGUGGAAAGCGCGCAGACGGCGCUCUCUGGGGCCGAGGCCGGCGCCUUUCUGCAGUCCAAGGGCCAAGCAGCCCGACCCCUGCUGCAGCAAGUGCUGGCGAAGCACCAGGAGAGGAUGAGCCGUGAGGAUGUGGAGGGCUUCCAGGCCUUCCUGCAGCGCGGGGAUGGCGUGGACAGCGUGCUGGGCGUGCUUGCGGGCCUCAAGGACGACUUCUCCGCUGAGCUGGGCAAGCUGAAGGAGGAUGAGGCCACCUCCCUGAAGCAGUUCGAGGAGUUGGCUGCCGCCAAGACCGAGGAGAUCAAGGCAGGCAUCAAGCAGAUCGAGACCAAGAAAGAGGAGAAGGAUUGCGACCGGAUCUUCACCACUGCUGGUACAGCCAUUUUUGUGUCCGACAUGUACACCGCCAUGAAUGCGGCGGUCUUGCAGAGCAACAAUAUUCACAUUGUCGUCAACAUGAUGGGGGCCGCAAAUCUGAUGGAUCAACGCAGAUGUUUGUGGGGCCCACGUUAUCACUGGGAUGCAGAUAAAACAAACUCACGCUACAAGAGCAUGUUUCACAAUUCAAUUUCGGAGGACUUCCAGCUGAAAGUGGAGGAGGAGUACAUGCAAGACCAAGCUGCCUUUUACAGGCAACUGGGAAUCCAAUACGUUGAGGAGGCAACAGCAGAUGAGCGUUGGAACGCGAUUGAGCGCCACUUCCCCCGCGUGAUUCGAUCUCUGCGGAAUCAUAUGGAGGCCCUGCGCAGCCGCCCCGAGCCCCCAGCGAAUGUGAACAUUCUGUUCCAUUGCUACGGCGGCCGGAACCGCUCCGCAGCAGCUGCUCUAGCAUUCACAUAUCUCCAGACAAAGAGCGGGGAGCCAGUCAGAAUGCUGGAUCUGAUUACGGCCAUGAUUCGCGCACGCCCCAUUGUACUUAUGAAGGGCAAAGACAAUCAUAGGAACUUUCUGAGAGCAGUGCUCUCUUUCGCAGACACGGUUGAUCUCUAA